AUGCACUGGAAACUUGUUUUGUUCUGCGCCGCCGUGUGCGCCCACACUGCACGCGCAGUGGACUUUUAUGUCUUAUCAUCUGGCUUGGAUAGUAAUGCAGGAACAGCAGUUGCUCCUUUCCAAACAAUCGCUAGAGCGCAGCAAGCUGUUCGCAAGCAGAUUGCUGGAACGGCCAAGGAAAACAUCACCGUCCACGUUGGUGCAGGCACAUAUACGCUUUCAGUGCCCCUUAGAUUCACAGUCGAAGACUCAGGCAAGAACGAUGUCACGGUCAAAUGGGUUGGGGCUGGUGCGACGAUAUCAGGGGGUCUUAAGAUUACCAACUGGACAGCAGAAUCAAAUGGUGUUUACUCCGCGAAAGUUCCAGUGGGCCUCAAGUCGCGAAACUUGUACGUCAAUGGGAAAGCUUCCAAUUACGCACGCAGGAAGAUUGCAAACCGAAAGGACUUCACUUACACGAGUACUGGUAUGGAAUGGACUUCGAGCACAUAUGACUGGCUUUCCUCCACCCCGGGAUUGAAUGGCGCAGAGAUUCGCUUUAUCAACUCUUUCGCAGAUCGCUAUGCACCGAUAGAAUCUGUUGGGAACAGAAAGUUGAUAAUGAAGCAAAAUACAUGGUACAACCAGAUCUGGGGCUAUGACACCGUCAACAAGAACAAUGCGGACUUUGGUGUAUGGGUGCAGAAUGCCUUGGCACUCUUGACAGAGGGCGGUCAAUUCUAUCUUGACUCGGCUGCUGGUAAGGUUUACUACAAACCACUCUCGGGCGAGAAUAUGGCAACUUCAGACACGUAUCUGGGUGUUUCCGAAGCGCUCGUUGUGAUUGGCGGGACCUACGCGGAUCCUGUUCAUGACAUCUCGUUCCACGAUUUUAACUUUGCUCAUACCACAUGGCUGCAACCUGCUAGCAUUGGAUACAUCGAUCAGCAGACAGGAGGCAACAUUUGCGAAGACAAGACGUAUGACCCCUCCAACUUUGAGUCCACCCGUCCCAAUUGGUGUCAAAUGCCGUCCGCAAUCCAGAUUAGCGCAGCUAAGAACAUAGUCUUCUCUGGUGGAAAUUACACCAUGAUGGGUGGCGGAGGCAUCGGUAUUGGCAACGAUGCCAACGCUCAUAUCACUGGUACUGGUUUGGGAGCAAACAAUAUUGCGGUCAAGGACGGCUACUUCACCCAGGUAAUGGGUAACAGCAUUACUGCCGGCGGCAUUCGAGCCGAUGCACACCAUCCAAGUGAUGUACGCAUGACAAACUCACACAUAGAGAUAUCCGGUAACAUCUUCUACAAUGUUUCGUCUCUGUUCAGUUCUACAGUGCCGAUUCUAGCGACAUAUGUCCAGAAUUCUGUCAUCUUACAUAACGACAUCUACAUCACUCCUUAUACUGGCAUCUGCAUUGGCUAUGGCUGGGGAUCUAACGAUGCCGGAGGUAGUUCUGAAUACGUCAACCGCGGACUAUACAAGUAUCAACCAAAGUAUACGAGUCCGACAACGUCGACGAACAACCGCGUCGAGGGCAACUUGGUUCACGGCUACGGCUACUCACACACUGACCUUGGUGCAAUAUACACCCUUUCAAAGAGUCCAUCCACAUACAUUAUUGAGAAUUAUGGCUUCGACUCUAGUGGCUUCGGUGCUUAUACAGAUGAAGGCUCCAAUUCAUACCUCAUCCAAAACAACAUCUUCCUCUCAAAUGGCAUCUGGUAUGCACGCAACGGCGUCAACACGGCAAAUAACACCAUUACAGGUAAUUACGGCAAGACCGGGCCGGUUAUUUCUGGCAAUACGAUUGUUUCGGACAUUUCGAAGGUAUCGGAUUCGGCAAAGAAGAUUGCGCAACGCGCUGGUGUACUCCCUGAGAAGCGUGCUGGUCGGCCAGUGUCAAAUCCCCCAGUUUAA